GUUUUAUUCUGUGAAAAGUUAUUAUUGUGUCUGAGAAAUAAAAAAAUAAGUUUUUAACAUGUCGUUAAACAAACUAGUUGGAGGAGACUGUGGAGGCAAUAAUGCCCUUGUCCAGCUUACUAAUAUUGUAAACCGUGAUGCUUCAAUCACACAAAACUUGUCACAAGCAGACAGGUUUGUUAAUGAAUUCAUGGCUCAGAAUACUCAGGGGCCUCAAACUUUUAAUAUGAAUGCUUUGCUUAAUAAUAUGCCUGAGGUGGAGAAAACUAAUAACUCGAAAACUGUGCAAUUGCCUUCAACAAGUAAAAUGUCUAAUAUACAUACACAGAGAUCAGGUCCAUGGCUAGCUGGCCCUUCCACUUCAUUCAUGAGUGCACCAAUGCUACCAUUUAAUAUACCGUAUCAACCUUUGUUGCAACCUCAACAAUCUUCAAAUGUCCAAAUCCAAUAUGUAAAUGAAGCAGAUUUGCAAAAAGUAUCAGAUAAUGAUGUUAAAGCAAAAGCUCAAGAAUUUGUUAGUAGUGUGCAAGAAGAUGAUGAACUUGCUUAUAAUCAGUUUAUGUCAUUUAUGAAAAGAAUUAGUGCAGGCGAAUUAAACCUAGGCGAGACAGUAGAAGGGGGACAAAAACAAAUGAGUAAAGAUGAAAUAGUGGAGGAAAUGGCUGAAAAAUUCAAAGAUGAAUGGGCUAAACUAAGUGAUGUAAAUGAUGAUUGGAAUAGUGAAUUUGCUAAUGGGAUACCUAAGGAGUAUUCUUUUACAGAAGGAAAUGUUAUGUUGGAGAACAAAAGUGCUUUAGAAAUAGGUAAAGAAAAAUUAAGGAUGGGUGAUAUACCAGGUGCUGUUCUAUGCUUUGAAGCAGCUGCACAACAACAACCUGAUUCGGCUGAAGUAUGGUUCCUUUUGGGUACAACACAAGCAGAAAAUGAACAAGAUCCUCUAGCAAUAACUGCCUUGAAGAAAUCUUUAGAGUUAGAUCCAAGACAACUAGAGGGUUACAUAACAUUAGCAGCAGCUUAUACAAAUGAAAAUAUGGGUAAAUAUGCAUACUUAACAUUAUUAGAUUGGUUGAAAGCCAGUCCUAAGUACAGCGACAUGUUUCCUCAAGAUAUAAAUCCCCAGAAAAUGAAUUUGAAAGAAUUAGAAUCAUAUGUAACAUCAUUAUAUCUAAAAGCUGCACAAAUGAACCCUGCACAGAUUGAUCCGGAUGUUCAGAAUGCUCUAGGUGUUAUUUUUAACAUUAACCAACAGUAUGACAAAGCUGUAGAUUGUUUUAAAGCAGCGAUUAUGGUAGCAUCAGAUAAUGCUAAACUUUGGAAUAGACUUGGUGCUACACUAGCUAAUAGUGACAGAUCAGAAGAAGCAGUUGAAGCAUACCAUGAAGCUUUAAACUUAGAACCUGGAUUCAUACGAGCUAGAUAUAAUGUUGGCAUAACAUGUAUGAAUUUAGGUGCUCAUAAACAGGCCGCAGAACACUUUUUAGUAGCUUUAAAUCAGCAGUACAAGGCAAAAAGUAUGCAUCCAAAUGCAUCAACUGCUGAUACCAGUUCUUCAACAAUUUGGACCACUUUAAGGAUGGUGUGUUCUUUCAUGGGAGAACAUGAUGUAGCAAAGUUAGUUGAUGAGAGAAACUUAAGUGAACUAAAUAAGUUUUUUGAAGUUGACUCAUGAGAUGAAACAAUUACAUAACUGUUUAUAAUUAUAAUGUAAUUUUGUAAGCAUUAUCACAUUGUGAUAUUUUAAUGGCAGAGGGCAAUAUUAAUUAAUCUAUUACUAGAGUUUUUAAGACAUUAUAUAUUUUUUUUAUUUGUUUUGGCAUUUAAAUGAUAAUAAAACUUUUA